AGAGGACUGAUGAUCCAAAAAUUAAUAUUCCUGAUCAGAUUGUGUAGAAAUGAGCAAAGAGCGGAAACCUCACAAAUGCAAAGAUAAAAGACAUUCAAAGAAGAUUAGUUUUGAAACCGACCAAAAGGAGGGUAUUAAUGUUAUUACAUCAGAGAUAUCUGUUGUAAAAAGUUCAAAACAAGAACAUAAAUGUUCCUCAGCAAGUCGACAUAGUAAACCAGGUAGUCCGUCAGUUAAAUCUUCCAGUUCAUCAGAUCUGAUCAGCAGCUCAAAAACUUCUCAUCAACCUUCAAAUCAAUCAGACCAAUCUUCUGAUCAAACGUAUCAAUCCUCUGAUCAAAAAGAAAAGAAAAAUCAUCAUCAUCGUCAUCAUUGUUCAUAUCAUAAAGAAAAGAGACAACUCGAGAGAUCCCUCUCAUCUAGUUCCAGCCCUAUCCCUAGGGAGUCUGAUUCAAAAACAAGGCUGAAAGACUGUACCCCGACGAAAGAUUCUAAAUCUGAAAUUAUGAUGAAAAAGAAGAGUCCGAGAAGUUCAAGUAAAGCAAGAGCUGAAACCAAUUCAAGAUCCCCUCUACGUGAACCAGCUCUUCAUGUAAAUAAGAUUGGGUUAACGGAAGAUAAGUCUGCCACUGUUGGUUCAACUCACGAAUCCGGCUCAUGUUAUCCCCAAUCCUCUACCUUAUCCUCUCAUAGGCUUGUAUUCCGACCGGUAAACAGCCAAUAUAUGGAGAGAGGGGAUGCUUUAGUUCAGGAGGCGGAACAGAAUCUCAGCAAGUCACUGUUUCGAUCUGGAAAUGAACGCGCGGCAUUGGAGUGCUAUCAGCGCGCUACAGCGCAGUACAAAAUGGCGGGGGACUGGGGCAAGGCUGCUAGUAUUAUGGAAAUAAUGGCAAAAAUUAUCAAAAACCAAGGAGAUAUAUUUGGUGCUGCUAAACUACAUGGAGAAGCAGGAACUUGUUUCCGAAAAAUAUCUGCUCCAAUGGCUGUAGAAGCAUACCUACGAAGUGCUGAAUUGUAUGUGGAACUUGGUAAAUAUGGAAUCCCUGCCAAACAUCAUGAAUCAAUUGCACUCAUUUAUUCUAAGGAUAUUUAUCCUCCUGAUUAUAAAGCUGUUAUCCAUCAUCUUAGCAUGGCGGCAAAUUUCUACGCCAGCGAUAAUAGAACUGCCGCCAGGAAUAAAUGUAGAAUUGAGAUGGCUCGACUGUUUGCUCUCACUGACAGAUUUGAGGAAGCUGUGACAAUUUAUGAAGAUCUGGGUUUUCAAUCCCUGGAGUCUAGAUUGUUAAAAUAUAGUGCAGACGAAUAUCUUUUCAGGGCAGCACUUUGCCAUCUAGCAGUUGACAGUUUGAACUGUUCAAUUGCGACCAAGAGAUAUAUUGAUUAUUAUCCUGCUUUUCAACUUUCAAGAGAAUUCAAAUUCAUUCAGGUAAAAGCAAGGUUGAUUAUUGAGGUUAGAUAA